UAAAAAUGAAGAUAUGCUUAUGUUGAUGACAAACAUCUCAGUUAAAUUCUAUUCAAACAGGCCAGAGUUCUAGAAAUUUAGAGAAGAGUGGUUCCGAAAAGAAUAUACAUACCUCUUUCAAUUACAGAUCCGAUAACAUUCACAGACUCUAAAUGGUCCUUUGAAUCAUCGAAAAAAUUGUGCGGCACAGUUGGAAAAUUUAUUGCACCAUAAUUAGAUAUGCCACGACUUGUGUCACGAGCAACUACAAGGAAGCACAUCAUGAGGGAAGUGUAUGACUACUCACCACCUGCCGAAAAUCAGCAAAUAGUGAAAAUAACGGCAAGCAAAGGGAACAAUCUACACGAAAUAGAGACCGCAGAUAAAACCAGAUUUCUUGUGUCCAUGCCAAUGAGAUACCGCCACUACAUGUGGGUUAAACGUGGUAGUUUUGUCAUAAUACAACCUAUUCACGAAGGUGUUAAGGUCAAAGGUGAAAUUGUUAGAGUUUUGAUCCCCCAACAAAUAAAGAAUUUCAAGGAAGACAAAAUAUGGCCUGCUGCGUUCUAUGACAAACAAGAAUUGGAGGAGAGUGAUGAUGAUAAUGACGAUGAUAUCCCAAUGAAUACUAACAGAGUACAAGCAAUGAUCGAAAUUUACAGUGACAGUGAUUCCAGUGAAGAUGAUCCUAGUGAUAACGAUCAGAGUGACGAUGAUGAUAGUGUUGGUGAAACGUAA